UGUACAACAAUAGAUCUUUGAAUCUCAACAGCAUUUAGUAUAUAACUGUCAUCGAUAAAACUAGUUAAAAAUUUUAAAUCAAAGUGUUGAAAUAUCUUUCCCAGUAACUGUUUUAUCGUAAUUACGUGACUAUGAACACAGAAAACAAAAUAUUUUAAAAACUUUGUAAAGUGAGCUGGAUAAGGUUGUAAUUAAUACUUAAAUGGUCGAAUAACAGAAUAUUACUUGUAGAGAUGAUUUUUUAAAUUAAAAUUCCGUAAAAUCCAAGUACCGUUUGUGCUAUUAGAGAGAUUGGGCCUUUUACAAGAAAAUAUUGCAGUGCGUAUAUUGGCUUUCAUUUUCCACUGGACAAUAACAUCUGACGAGAGCUGUUUGAUAUAAAUUGUAGACUUAUGAGAAUUUAAAAAGAAAACAGCGGACUGAGAAGUCAGGCUAUAAGAUGGCUUACCAGACGAACAACGGUUAUUCUGUUCUUAUCGCCAUUCUUACGGUCAUCUUCUUGGACCAUGGUCAGCCAAAACUUGGUAUAAAUGUUUCCAACAGCACAGAGACGGAUUUAGAGAGUUGGACACAUGUGAAUAACAAUAUUGGGCAUAAGAGAGAUGAAUUUACGAUGGGUUGGUCAGAAUGGAGCACUUGGGGAAUAUGCUCGAGGAGCUGUGACGGUGGCGUAACCUACCAACUUCGACAGUGCGUAACGAAAACAGGAUGCUCCGGAAAUUCGAUUCGUUAUAGUAUAUGUAAUAUGCAGCCAUGUAGAGAUCGUUCUGAUUUCCGAGCUACACAGUGUAAAGCCCACAACAACAGGCCUUACCGAGGACGGCUGUACCACUGGAUUCCCUUUUACGAUCCCGAAGAUCCAUGCAGCCUUACAUGUCAAGCAAGCACGUACCUGUUUGUCGCAAAGUUAGCACCUAGAGUUCAAGAUGGAACUCGCUGCCGUAAGGGGUCUCUCGAUAUGUGUGUAGGUGGGAAAUGCAUGCCCAUAGGUUGUGACCUGAAGUUGGGGUCAGUGAAGAAAGUGGACGAUUGUGGAAUAUGUGGAGGUGAUGGAACAACUUGUAAACGUACUUCUUACGAGUGGGUGGAGACCCAUCUAACUCCCUGUUCUGUUACUUGUGGUAGAGGAUUUCAGAUGUCUAGGCCUUUCUGCAAGGAUAUGGAAACAGAAGAAAAGGUUUCAGAGAGAUUCUGUGACUAUACAACAAGGCCAAGACCUCGUAUAAGAUCAUGCAAUACUUCAAAAUGUCCUCUAAAAUGGGUUGUGGAAGAUUGGGGACCCUGCAGCGUUCGUUGCGGUAAUGGAUUCCAAAUGCGCAACGUUUACUGUGUUCGAAACGGUUUUAAUAGAACAAGUGUGUGGGUUAAACAAGGAUCUUGUUUUCCACCAAAACCUCGCACUCAACAGCCCUGUAACAACAGGGUUUGUCCUCUAUGGUUUAAAGGAUCCUGGUCUGACUGUUCAGCAACGUGUGGUCAAGGUCAUCAAGAAAGAGCUGUGAUUUGUCGGAGUUCUGAAGGGUUUCUAACCACCGAGUGUGAUCUUAGUACACAACCUGAGUCCAGGCGAACUUGUGUAAAACAGCUCCUUUGUACUGGUGGUAAACAGCCAGAUUCAGCCAGAAGCUCUUGGAUCGAAGAAACUCAGAACCGUCCUUACAACCAGAGCCAUCUAUUCACAAUCUCACAGACCAAUGGAUCAUUUCGACCAAGAAAACAACCAAGGUUUACGGUUGGUAAUUGGGGCCCUUGCAGCGCCUCCUGUGGUGAAGGAGUGAAACGACGUUCUGUUGAAUGUACAGUAUAUCUGGAGUUGCUUAAAAUCCCUUCCACGCUGCCUGUUAACAAAUGCUCAGGACCUUACCCUCCUGACAGAAAAGUUUGUUUUCUUCAACCGUGUACCAGUUAUCGGAACUCACCAGAGGGAAUUAUGGUAAUAAAUCGACUUGAAGAGCACACGAAACAAAAAACUGGUGAAAGACUUGGCAACAAUUCGGAAAAAUUCGGUAACACUUCGGGAAGCACGAUCACGUUCUUUUGGAAGAAAGUUGGAAUUUCAUCAUGCAUCGCUUCUUGUUUUGGCGGGAUCCAAACGCCAAUCUUUGAAUGUUUCCGUGACUACGAUCUACUCAGAGUGCCUCCGUACUUCUGCGAUGAAGACAGAAAACCUAAAACUUCGGCACAAACAUGCAACUAUUAUGUUUGCCCACCAAGAUGGAACCUUACAGAGUUUUCACCUUGUUCCAAACGUUGUGGAGGAGGAAUCCAGUACCGACAAGUACAGUGUAUCCACCAUCUGGGACAGGAACCAAGAAAUGUGAAACUUCUUCAGAAUAACUUGUGCCCGCAGCCUCCACCGCCCUCCCAACAAUACUGUAAUGUUAUUGACUGCCCCGCCAUGUGGCAAGUUGGAGUAUGGAGUAAGUGUUCCAAGAAAUGUGGCGGCGGGAUACGAACCAGGAAAGUGAAGUGUAUUAAAGUGAUUCCUUUUGGACAUAAGGUCAGCCAGCCCUGGUCUCGGUGUCACGUGGAAAGACCUCUGAAACAGAAAAGUUGCGGUGUCAAGUCUUGCCAGAAAACUGCUGACAAAAGCAGCAGCUUUACACCACCGUAUAUCAGGAUCUCAAAACAAGAUUAUGUUCAGGAAAAACCACACCAAAACGUUAAACUGGACGUUGGAGGCAGAGCCCUUCUUUUGGAAAGAACGACUGUUAAAAUCAGAUGUCCAGUUCAAAGGUUCAAUAGGUCGCUGAUUCGCUGGCAGAAAGGACAAACAUUCUUAGCAGCAAAUGAAAAGUAUCAACUCAGUCGCAGAGGAUCACUAAAAAUAAAAAACCUUUCCAGUAUGGACACUGGUCAGUACACCUGCAGGGCAGGACCAGCAAGGGCGGACAUAAUCAUAGUUGUUAAACCGAUUCCUUUCAGCAACUCGAACGAGAACGUAAACAAUGAAAAAUCUAAUAUAUCAAUAAAAUAUCCUCAGAUCAAAGUUACACAGCAAACCUAUGUUCAGAGCUAUCCUGAAGAGAAGGUUAAUUUGAAGAUUGGUGGCUAUGCUAGACUUUACUCGGGGUCAGAUGUCAAAAUUCGCUGUCCAGUUUACGGUUAUGAUAAAUCGAUGAUACAAUGGUACAAAGGGAAUAGAAGGUUAAGGCAGAAUCAGAAGUACAAUAUAUCACACACUGGUGCUAUCACCAUUAAGUCACUGAGGAUUGAAGAUAGCGGGAAAUACUCCUGUAUGGUCAGCUCCGUUAAAGCUGACAUGAUUAUAUCAGUUAAACCAACUUACUUUACAAACUACCCUUUUGACCGGACAGUGGAACGGCCAGAAAUCCCUUCAGAAAGCAAUAGUGAUGAGCAGGAGGAAUACAGUCACGAAAACAGGGGUUAUGGAGCUUCGUUAGCAGUGGUAGAUGAUACCAAUGGUAUCUUUAGCUUCAGGCCUCGAGUCGACAAGCCAGACGCGAGGCCAUUGGCCAGCUUAUCUUCUGAUGAAAGAUUAUACUCGGUACUAUUAAGUUUAACGAGUUCUUUCGAGCCUCCUUCUUCUGCUAAUUUUUCUGGUCUUUCUAAAAAUCUAGAAGAAACAAGUGAAUUGAGCACCUGGAAGCUUCAUGGUGGUCAGUCGAGUUAUGACGAAGAGAUGCUGUGGAAAACUGUCCAAGAACACAAUCUGACAUCAUCUAGACAGACAGACAAUCACGUCUUUCCUCAGUUACAGCGUUUGUUGAUAAACUUGUCCAAACAGUUGAAAACCUCCAAGGAAGAUUCUAACCGACGUUUACUUCCUGAAGAUCGGGAUCAAAGUUGGUCUGAAACAUUGAACCUUGAAUGGUUUGUUACUCCAUGGUCUACAUGUUCAAGGACUUGUGGAGAAAAGGCAUUCCAGACUCGUUCAAGCCAAUGCCUGUUAAAAAUUGACGAUAAACAACAUAACAACCCAAGAGUUGUCGCCCACAAGCUUUGUAUUAAUGCUGGACUCAAACCUCCGAUUUAUAUCAGAUACUGUGGCGUGCCCGUGUGUCCCCGUUGGGAAAUUGGAGUUUGGUCAAAGUGUUCGAACACCAGCUGCAAAAGCUUGUAUACAGGACAACAAGAAAGAAAUGUCAGCUGUUCUUUCCCUAAUGGGACAAAAGUAGCCGAAGACGAUUGUUCCUCAAGUGAAAAACCCAUCGAAUUCCGGGAAUGUUACAACCGUCAAUGUAUUGGAGUCUGGAAGGCUGGACCUUGGUUGGAGUGUAAUGCCGGUUGCGAAGAGGUUGGUUUCAAGAACCGCGUACUACAGUGUGUAUGGCUGCAAACUGAGAGACCAGCGGAAAACUCGUGUAAACCCGAGUCAAAACCCUCAAUAAUAGAACACUGUAUAGGACCACCUUGCUUGUCUGGAAAUGAAUGCAUAGACAACUCCAAACUCUGUGGUGUGGUAAAAAGGCUUAAUAUGUGUAAAUUGGUCCACUACCUUAACCAGUGUUGUAGCUCGUGUGCAUAGAGCUAGAGUAACAAGAAAACAAGAUAUCUUCGCUAUUCUGAAAAACGAACAUUUUAAAUGUUUCACAUCAGUUUAAAUAAAAGUAUUCUCGACCUAAUAAAAAUACAGAUAUAUUAAGUUACAUUUCAAAAAUAAAGUAUUGAAAUAGGUAAGUAGAAUUAAUACGAUUUCUAUUUCAAGUAAGAUCAGUAUGAUCAUACCUAUAUCUAUCUAGAUAUUAUAUAUAUUAUUAAUAUAUUAGAUACAAAUUACGCUUUUAGAUAACUAGGCUAUAUAUACACUAUUAUAUUUAUUGGUGUAUCGUAUAUUUUAGUGAAGUCAAAGAUUCAUAGAACAUUUUGUAUGAUUCAGAUUCAAGUAGGAACAAACACUAGAAUGCUUAUUUACAUGUUUUAAUGGACCACUAGGCCCUCGCAGUGCUUCUCAACCCCUUCUAAUAUCAUUUACACCUAUGCAUUUUUCACAACUGCUCAUUCACCCCAGUUAGAAAAAAAGACAAAAACAAAUACUAAAUUAAAAUGUAAAAUUCUUUAUUAUGACUUAAAUAUACAUCAAACUACAACUAGAAUGAAUACAACAUAAAAUAAAUAAAACCCUGGGGGAACCAUCCACCCAAUUGAGAAGCACUGUAGACGGUGACUAGGGUCGUAUUAGGCCUAACAAAUAUGCAUAAGUAGUACUUUUUUCUUUUGGCGGAACGUUCCGGAACGGUGUGCCAGUACCUUUUAACGAAUGGGCAGCAAAAAUAAGACAUUCCACACAAAUCGCUUCUUCUGAAAUAUCGAAUGGUUUUGUUUAUGUUAUUUACUGUACACAUAUAUCAUCAAAUGUGCUACCGCUCACUAAGUUCCAUUAAAGAAAUUAAAUUUUGUUAUUUUAUUGUUUGUUUGUAAGAUGACAAUUUUUUUGGAUUCGCGUGGAGCAAUAACUGGAAAAAGUUGUAGAAAGACAUGGGAUAGUUCCUGAACCUUUUUAUUUUCACUGAGCAUAGGUAUAGCUAAUGAGCCAUUUGAAAAUAUCCAUUAAAAAUUCAUUUAUUCCGCGAACUUUUUCCCGUGAACAUUUUUGAAAAUCUUGAUGAAUCUUUAAAUUAAGAUCCAAAAAUGGAUUAAGGGAAAAUCAUGGAAAAUGUGGUAAUUUCGGAAACUCUGCUGUAGAAAACUUAAAAUAUAAUUAUAAUUUCACACACGAGUAUAAACGAAAAGGUAUAAAACACAAUUGUUUUUCCAAACUUCAAGUAUUUGUUAAAACAUGAAAUAUUUAUAUUUAUUGCCGAGGAAGAAGCUAUGAAUAUCAUAAUGAACGAAAAAAAAACAUUUCUA